AACGAUUUCGUUCACUUCACUAGUUUCUUUAAAGUCGAGAUAAGUUUGAUACUGGUACAUACUUUGAGGAAGUUUACAUGUUUUAAUGUUGUGUCCCCAUUUUAGACGUCGUCGCAAAGCAACUUUACAGAGACAAUAGAAAAACGCUAGUGUUUUCACCUGCAGAGAGCGGUAGUGAGUGAGCUGCAUUAUUGAAACGGAGUUUCUUCACCGAUUACACAUCGAAUCGUUUUGUGUCCACAGGAGAGCACAUGAGCUGCAGGCUAAAAUAUGAUGACAAUUCCCAGCAGCUGCACUACGCGGUCCUGCCCUACGGUUAAGUUGUCGAAUGGACUGAACAUUCCCAUUUUGGGUUUAGGGACAUCUCAUGAUGGAGGGUACAGUCAUGAAGCGGUGCUUUAUGCUCUACAGGAGUGCGGCAUAAGACAUAUAGACACAGCCAAGCGUUAUGGCUGUGAAGAGGCUUUGGGGAAAGCUGUGGCUGAAAGUGCUGUACCACGAGACGAGCUCUGGCUCACCACCAAACUAUGGCCCGGAGAUUACGGCUACCAGAGCACCAAACAAGCCUGCCGCGCCUCGUGUGCCAGGCUGGGGGUGGAUUAUUUAGACCUGUAUCUGAUGCACUGGCCUGACUGCAUGGUUCCAGGUCUCUCCAGUCGUGAGGUUCGAGCGGAGACGUGGAGAGCUCUGGAGGAGCUUUAUGAUGAAGGUUUGUGUCGUGCCAUUGGAGUGAGUAACUUUCUCAUUCGUCACUUGAACGAGUUGAAGGAUCAUGGUGGAAUUGUGCCUCAUGUUAACCAGGUGGAGUUUCAUCCCUUCCAGCAGCCCCUGGAGCUGGUUGAAUAUUGCCGGAAGGAGGAUAUCGUUUUUGAAGGCUACUGUCCUUUGGCCAAAGGUCAAGCCCUCACUCACCCAGCAAUCAUGGAGCUCGCCCAUAAAUACGGCCGCAGCGCUUCACAAAUAUGCAUCCGCUGGAGUAUUCAGAAUGGUGUUGUUACAAUUCCAAAGUCCACCAAACCAGACAGGAUCCAUGAAAACUGCCAAGUGUUUGGGUUCAGGUUGGAUGAUUCAGACAUGGCAGCUCUGAGUUUGUUGCAUGAUGGGAGACAUGUGAGCUGGGACCCAACUCAUGUGGAAUGACCAAAUCUCCAAGAAAACCACCUUUUCAGGUAUUUGGAUUCACACUACAAGCAGAAGACAUGGGCCAAAUUAGUGGAUUGCACACCAAUCAGAAGCUGAUUCAUCUCACUCAUCCAAUCUGGAAAGGAUAACCUGGCAAUCACAAUUCAAGAGGUUUGUUCUUAGGAUACUGUCAGGUCUUGAUCUCAAUGUAAAAGGAAAGGUCAUUUGUGAAAGUGAUGAAUUCAAGGCAGUCAAUGAUUUGAAUGCUGCUGCUGUAACGUGUGCCUUUUUAAAUGACAAAGCAAAUGUAGUAU